GUCGGGUCAAGGACAGGAGCCAGGAGCGCAGGCGGGGCCCGACGGCAGCCACCCCCGGGGCCAGACUUGGCGCGGGUGUCUCGAAGAUGCUCGAGGGCCUGGGGUUGCCCGGCUCGCCCCGGGCAGCUGCGAGCGCCUCAGUCGCGGGGUCGUCGGGGCUCGCGGCCUGCCCGCCUCCCUCGCCCUCGGCCCCGAGGUCCCCGGAGUCCCCGGCACCCCGGCGGGGCGGUGUGCGCCCCAGCGUUCCACAGAAGCUGGCCGAGAUGCUGAGCAGCCAGUAUGGGCUGAUCGUGUUCGUGGCGGGGCUGCUGCUGCUGCUGGCCUGGGCCGUGCAUGCCGCGGGCGUGAGCAAGAGCGACCUGCUGUGCUUCCUGACGGCGCUCAUGCUGCUGCAGCUGCUGUGGAUGCUGUGGUACGUGGGCCGCAGCUCCGCGCACCGCCGCCUCUUCCGCCUCAAGGACACGCACGCCGGCGCCGGCUGGCUGCGCGGUAGCAUCACAUUGUUUGCAGUCAUUACCAUCAUCCUGGGAUGCCUUAAAAUUGGAUACUUCAUUGGAUUUUCAGAAUGUUUAUCAGCCACUGAAGGAGUUUUCCCUGUCACCCAUUCAAUGCACACUUUGUUGCAGGUAUAUUUUCUCUGGGGGCAUGCAAAGGAUAUUAUCCAGUCUUUCAAAACAUUGGAAAGGUUUGGGGUGAUCCACUCGGUGUUCACCAACCUGCUUCUGUGGGCCAACAGCGUCCUCAAUGAGUCAAAGCACCAACUCAAUGAGCACAAGGAACGGCUCAUCACUCUGGGCUUUGGGAACAUAACAACAGUUUUAGAUGACCACACACCACAGUGUAACUGCACGCCGCCAACUCUCUGCACUGCCAUCUCCCAUGGGAUCUACUACCUCUACCCUUUCAACAUAGAGUAUCAGAUCCUGGCCUCCACAAUGCUCUACGUCCUGUGGAAGAACAUCGGGCGCAAAGUUGACAGCCAUCAGCACCAGAAGAUGCAGUUCAAGUCUGAUGGGGUCAUGAUGGGCGCAGUCCUGGGCCUGACCGCUCUGGCCGCCACCAUUGCCGUGGUGGUGGUGUACCUGAUUCAUAUUGGGCGCUCCAAGACCAAGAGCGAGUCGGCACUCAUCAUGUUCUACCUGUAUGCCAUCACCCUGAUGAUGCUUAUGGGGGCUGCGGCGCUGGCUGGAAUCCGGAUUUACAGGAUAGAUGAGAAAUCACUGGACGAGUCCAAAAAUCCAGCCCGCAAACUGGACUCGGACCUCUUGGUGGGCACUGCCUCGGGCUCCUGGCUUAUCUCCUGGGGCUCAAUCUUGGCCAUCCUCUGUGCUGAGGACCACCCCCACUACACCUGGUACAACCUGCCCUACUCCAUCCUGGUGAUCGUGGAGAAAUACAUCCAGAACCUCUUCAUCUUUGAAUCCAUUCACCGAGAGCCUGAAAAACUCUCUGAGGACAUCCAAACCCUUCGGGUGGUCACAGUCUGCAAUGGCAACACCAUGCCCCUUGCUUCUUCCUGCCUCAAGAGUGGAGGUGUGGCUGGAGAUGUGGCUCCCCGGGGCAAGGACAUGCCACCAGCAGCCAAUGUAAAUGUGUGCAUGAGAGAAAGCUGUGACAAGGAGGAGGAGAAGCAGGAGGAGAGCAGCUGGGGAGGGAGCCCAAGCCCAGUCCACCUUCCUCGUUUCUUACAGGGCAACGCCAAGAGAAAAAUCCUGAGGAAUAUUGCAGCCUUCUUAUUCCUCUGCAAUAUUUCGCUUUGGAUACCUCCCGCCUUUGGCUGUCGACCUGAGUAUGACAACGGAUUGGAGGAGAUUGUCUUUGGCUUUGAACCCUGGAUAAUUGUGGUCAACCUGGCCAUGCCUUUUUCUAUUUUCUACCGAAUGCACGCAGCUGCCUCCCUCUUUGAGGUCUAUUGUAAGAUAUAGUCUGGGUCCACAAGAGACUGAGGAGUGAGCUAACAAGAGUUCAUUGGAGCCAACUGGGAGUGGCCAGGUUGGACAAAUAUUGCCUGACAAAUAUGAGAAGGGCCACCUUUUGUCUGCAAAGAUUGUGCUUCCUGUGGGCUGGAACUGCCCAUCACCCUUGAUGAAUGUAAACAAGUUAGAUCAAAAUCCAUGAGGUGGCUGGAAUCUGUCCUUGUUAGUUAAAUGCUAAUCAAGCCCAAAUUAUUUUAUUCCCUUCUAAAUGAUUUAGAAGAAUGUGAUUCUGACUUGGGAAAAAAUCUAUCCAGUUUGUUUUUCAUAAAAAGUAAUUAACACUUAAAAAAUUUAUCCUUCUCAAAGCCUAUGAAUUUAGACACAAUCACAAUGAGUUUAUAUUGUUUCUGAAUAGGUUUAAUUUCUUGAAGCUAUUUUUAUGAUCUGGAUAGAAAUUUGUAUACAGACCAAUAUAAAAACACAUUUCUUACCCGAAAUGUUGGCACAUUUUUGUGAUCAUUUUCAAGUAUUUUUAAAAAGAAAUUUCACUGUUCUCUCUUUCACUGUAAAUGCAUACAUGUUUAUUGUAAAAAAUUUGGAUAUUUCAGAAAAGUAGACAGAAAAAGUCACCUAUGAUGCCAUUGUUCAAUUAACAAUUACUUUUAAUAUCUUGGUGUAUUUCUUCCGAUCAUGUUGAUGAGAUUCUUUUUAUUGUCAUUAUUAUACCUUUGAAUGGUGAUGUAACAUAUUUGAUUUUGUAUUCAGUUAUUUUCCCACUUAACAAUAUGGCAUAAACCUUGCCCGCAUAUUGUUAUAAGUUCUUUAUAAAUAUCAUUUUAAUGCUGUAUGAUAGUC